AUGACACCAACGCCCCCCUCCACAAACUCUUCGAGUGCUGGCCACUCUCCAGACUAUAGAGUCGUUCGGAAACGGAACCGGGUACCUUUAUCCUGUGGGCCCUGUCGGCACAGAAAACUGAAAUGCAAUCGUUCAAACCCCUGCGAAAACUGUGUCAAACGAGGCGACGCUGCAUCAUGCAACUAUGCGCAAACUAACUCGCGCAAGAAGAACUCAUUACAGCAGUCGUCCACUACCCCAGAUGAUAUGCAGAAUCGCAUUGAUCGAUUAGAGGGCUUGGUUCUCUCGUUGAUGACAAACGGCUCUCAGUCUGCCGGCCCGGCUGCUGCCAUGGCAGCUAUAUCUGGGGAGAGUAGUGCGGACUCGGCUCAGUUCUCACAUGAUGUCGACAUCGAGGAGGAGGGCAUGGAGUGUGCCGAAGAGAGCGAGACAGAUCAGGUGACCAAGUCAUUCGGUAUCAUGAAGAUGGACAACAACAAGUCCUAUUACAUCAGUGAUGCCCACUGGGCCUCUGUAUUGAACGAUAUCUCCGAGGUGCGAAAUUUCUUCGCAACGCAUAAGAAGCAAAUUGAUGAGCAGUAUGAGAAAGUCAAUGCGUCUCAGCCAUUUUCUGACACUCCGGGCUCGACUCUGAUGUUUGGUAUAAACAAGCCGAUGAGCCGCGGCGAGAUUAUGACCGGCUUGCCUUCCAAGUACACCACUGACAUCCUUGUGGCUCGCUAUUUCAAUUGCUAUGAUCCUACGACCCAUAUUCUUCAUGGCCCCACAUUCCAAGCACAGUACAACAAACAUUGGGAAGAUCCUUCCAAAACAGAGCUGGUAUGGAUAGCCAUGCUAUUUGCUUUGAUGAGACUAGCGAUGUUAUCUUAUCAUCGAGAAGGUGACGAGCCACCUGAGUUCCGCGGCAAGUCUAUAGACAUGGCUGGAUCAUUCCGAAAUUAUGCAGCACAGUGCUUGUCAUUGGCGGACUACACAAAAUCCCACCCCUUUUUGAUUGAAGCGCUCGUAUUCCAUUUGAGUGCCGACUUCGCUCAGGUCCGGGACCAGGACAUCUCCAUCUGGGUCAUGACCGGCGUCAUUGCCCGUUUGGCGAUGCGCUCCGGAUACCACCGCGACUCCAAGAUGUUCCCCAAUAUCACACCUUUCCAGGGUGAAAUGCGACGGCGGGUGUGGACCUUUGUGCGACAAGCCGACCUUUUGUUCUCUUUCCGAGUCGGAUUGCCGAGCAUGAUCAGGUCUACCGAUAGCGAUACUGAGCUUCCACGGAAUUUGUACGAUGAUGAUUUCGACGAAGACAGCAAGGAGCUUCCGCCGUCUCGUCAGUUGAGUGAACCAACAGCCAUCUCAUAUUUGAUUGCCAAGGGUCGCCUAACGUAUGCCUUCGGUCGCGUCGUUGAACAAAGUUCUGCCAUCUCGUCUGCUCCUUACGAAAAGGUGAUGGAGAUCGACGCAGAUCUUCGGCAAGCAAGAGACAUGAUACCAGACCACUUGCAAAUUCGGCCUAUGGAGGAGUGUCAGGCAGAUCCUGUCAACCUGAUCAUGUCGCGCUUUGCCGUGAUGGCCGUAUAUAACAAAGCUCAAUGUGUGCUUCAUCGGCCGUAUCUGGUCCGCGCUCGGGACAAUCCUCGUUUUACCUAUUCCCGCAGGACCUGUAUCGACUCUGCAAUGGAGCUAUUACAAGCCCAGGCGAUCAUCCACGCGGAAACGCGCAAUGGACGCCUGCGUAGCCGCCAGAACCGUGUGACCUCCCUCAGCACAGGCGACUUCCUCCUCGCAGCCACCGUUAUCUGUCUCGACUUGUACCACACCUCGGUGUUGCAAAUGAGCGGACGGCCAUCGGGAGAUACCUACACCUGGGGCCGAGAGCGUCGCGAGGAAUUGACCGCCGCGAUCCGACUCUCGAGAGAGAUCUGGGACGAAUGGCGCGACGAGAGUAUGGAAGCUUGGAAGGCCUCCACCGUUCUUGGCGUGAUGCUCAGCAAAUUGCAAAUGGCAGCCCCAAGCCUUGAAAAUAGCACCGGGGCUGCUUCAUUUGAGCCACAAGAUGAGAAGCAGAAUGCGGCUAUGACGCUCGGCCUGCUGAGCAGCGGAAUGAGCCCGAUGAACUCGGGCCCGCCGCCGUUCGCUGACCCCGGUUUCAAACUGGGGGAUUCGCCGAUGGCAACCGGGGGAGGCGUAGGCACCUCGACUGAAAUGCCGGGUCCGCUCUCGCCGUUCACUAGCAUGUUCGGGCAGAUGCCGGACAUGCAGGUCAACCUUGACUGGGAUGCCUGGGACACGUAUCUCCAAAACCCGACUCUCGACACAACAAAUCAAUUCUGGCCUAUGGCUGAUGCACAACGUCAACCAUAUCCUCAGUCCGCAGGCAUGACACAGCCUCCGAUAACAAGUCCCCUGUCGACGCGGGUAUCAUCAGUAUCCAGUGGUGUUCCACGACUUCCGACGAUGUUUACACCAUCGUCAACUGACAGUCCUGACAGUGGAGGUGUACCAGUCUCGGGGCACUCCUUCCGCCGGGCCGUUUCCCGGCUUCAGAUUUCCUCAAUCUCCUCUCCCUCCUCCAUCAUCGCUUCCCGUGCAGUGCCUCGCUCAACAUGUUCUACUUCGAUGCUCAGCGCCACGCGUUUCACCUACCCGACUAUCACCCAGACCCGCUGGAACUCCAAUGACGCAGGGGACGGAAAUUUCCCCAUCAAAUACGUUGAAUCACUUCCGGAAGGACGCACGGAACGAGAGCGCCGCCCCAAAUUCGUCAACGAGGGCCCUCAGCCCAAGUCAACGCUGUAUAUCGGCAACCUGUUCUUCGACGUCACGGCCGAGGAUUUGCGCGCGAAAUUUGAGACUUUCGGUACCGUUGAGAAUGCGCUCAUUGUGCACGAUGCUAGAGGAUUGAGCAAAGGUUUCGGCUACGUGACCUUCAGCAGCGUUGAAGAAGCCACAGAGGCAAUCACACAACUACACGGCGGCCUCUACGAAGGCCGUCAUGUCGUCGUCCAAUUCGCAAACACAACCACCAAAUCCAUGGGCGAUGACCGCAAGCCAAGCAAGACCCUCUACGUCGGCAACAUCCCCUACGAGUUGACCGAUCAAGAUCUGCAGGAGAUCUUUGCUGAAUUGCAGGGCGUUACGGAUGUCCGGAUUCCCAUUGACCGUCGCACUGGUUUGCCCCGUGGCUUUGGCCACAUUGACUUCAUUGAUGAGUCGCAGGCUGCAGCUGCUAAGGAGAUUAUUGCGAGGAAGGCGCCCUAUGGGCGCAAGUUGUAUGCUAGCUUUGCGACGAGAAAGGUUCUGACGCCUGAGGACCAUGCGCGCCAUCAGGAGAAGAAGAUGCUGAAGAGGAAUACUUAUCAGGAGAGGAAGGCCCAGGAGUAUAGGAAAUCGUCUCACAGGGAAGUUAGGGGUGUAAGGGAGGUUGGGGAGCUUGGGGAGAUUCGGGAGGUUCAGCAGAAGGAGGUUGAACAGAAUGAUGUUGAGCAGAAGCCCGGGGCUGAGCAGAAUGAUGUUCAGGAGGUGAAGGAGGUUGAGCAGAAGGAAGUUGAGCAGAAUGUUGUUGAGGAGGUGAAGGAGGUUGAGCAGAAGCCCGAGGCUGAGCAGAAGGUGGCUCAGCAGAAGGAGUAG